AUGGCAAAUUUAAAGUAUCUUUCUGGCUUCGGGUCAGAAUUCUCUAGCGAGGACCCUCGUCGUCCCGGCGCGUUACCCGAGGGUCAGAACAGUCCUCAACGCUGUGCUUACGGCUUAUACGCUGAACAGCUUUCAGGCAGCGCCUUUACGGCUUCACGGACAGAAAACAGACGCUCUUGGCUUUACAGAAUCCGCCCGUCUGUGAUCCACAAGCCAUUCGUUAGAUCGAAGAUUUCAGAACACCUAACACACAAAUGGGAUGACGAAGAACCAAAUCCAAAUCAAUCUCGCUGGCUCCCCUUCGAUAUUCCUACUCAAGGUUCCGUAGACUUUGCGUCUGGUCUUCAUACAGUCUGUGGAGCUGGUGAUCCUCGCUCACGACAUGGCAUCGCCAUACACGUCUAUCUCUGCAACACAUCUAUGGAGAAUAGCGCGUUUUAUAAUAGUGAUGGGGACUUCCUUAUAGUUCCACAACAAGGAACUUUAAAUAUAACAACUGAAUUCGGUAAAAUGGAGAUACGACCAAAUGAAAUUGCUGUCAUACAACAAGGCAUGAGAUUUGCCGUCGCUGUAGAUGGGCCCACAAGAGGAUAUAUUUUGGAAGUGUUCGAUGGACAUUUCAAACUACCCGACUUAGGGCCGAUCGGUGCCAAUGGUUUAGCGAACCCUCGCGAUUUCCUCACACCAGUAGCAUAUUACGAAGAUAAAGAAGUACCCGAUUUCAAGAUAAUAAAUAAAUACCAGGGAGCUUUGUUCGAGGCUGUUCAAGGUCAUUCUCCAUUCGACGUGGUCGCGUGGCACGGCAACUACGUCCCUUACAAAUACGACCUUAGCAAGUUUAUGGUCAUCAAUUCUGUUUCCUUCGAUCAUUGUGAUCCAUCUAUAUUUACUGUAUUAACGUGUCCCUCGACAAAGCCCGGUGUUGCCAUAGCAGAUUUCGUGAUAUUUCCUCCUCGGUGGUCGGUGCAAGAAAAUACAUUUAGACCUCCUUACUAUCAUAGAAAUUGUAUGAGCGAAUUUAUGGGUCUGAUCCUGGGUUCGUAUGAAGCGAAAGAAGGUGGUUUUCUACCAGGAGGAGCUUCACUCCAUUCAAUGAUGACUCCGCACGGUCCUGAUGCACAAUGUUUUGUAGGAGCCUCCAAGGAAAAACUGGUACCUCAGAAAAUAGCCGUAGGGACUCAGGCUUUCAUGUUCGAGUCAUCUCUCAGUAUGGCGAUAACGAAGUGGGGCGUCGAGACGUGUAAAAAACUAGACGGCAAUUACUAUCAGUGCUGGCAUAAUUUACCUAAACUUUUCUCUGACAAAAUAGAUAUUUGA